AUGGAACAAGACGCAGAGGGGAAGCACACAAUAACACAAAAUGGUACAACGUUUAGCUUGACAAUCAGGAACGCUGCAAAGGAAGAUGAAGCGAAAUUCACAAUAAACCUGAGGAAUAAGUCUGGUAGUGCCUCAUGCUCUGCCAUGGUCAUUGUUGGUAUAAUGGAAUGGAGGACUGUCCAGUGGAAACAAGUUCCAAUGAUCACAACCCUAAAGAACUUCAAAGUUAGUAAUGAGGAAGUCAGAGAGCUUCUCUUCCUUCUGCUUGGACCAAUUGGAGCAGGAAAAUCCAGCAUCAUCAAUACCAUCAAAGGCAUUUUUGAAGGGCAUCAGUUCAUCGACUGUCUGGCUGCAUCAGAUUCAACUGGCAAGAGUUUUACAACUAAGUACCAGAAGUUCUCUAUUGGAACUUUACCUUUCGCCCUCUAUGAUAUGAUGGGCCUGGAAAAAGACCAGAAAAAUGGAGAGCCAGAAGGUGUGCACUCUGAUCACAUCAUCAGUGCUUUAAAGGGCCACAUAUCAGACAACUAUGAAUUCAAACCUAAAGUACCAAUGUAUGAAGACAGUAAAUAUUACAUCAGGGAUCCCACUCUGAAUGAUAAAAUUCACUGCCUAGUGAGUGUUAUUGCAGCAGACAGAGUUACCCUAAUGGAUGAUAAAGUCAUCCAGAAAAUUAAGACCAUCAGAGCAGAGGCCAGUAAAUUAGGUGAUCAGCCCACUCAGCUGGUUUUCAUGACAAGAGUGGACACGGCAUGCACACUAACACAGGAGGAUUUGACCAAGACCUACCAAAGCAAGAAGAUCAAGGAGAAAAUGGAAGAGUGCAGCACUAAACUGGGAGUCCCUAUGAACUGCAUCUUCCCUCUGAAGAACUAUCAUGAGGAGAACAAGAUGAAUGAGAAGCUGAACUGCCUGGUGCUGGAGGCCUUCACACAGGCUGUGUACUCAGCUAAUGUAUACGUGAAAAGGUUUUCAUGCAAAGAGAAACAUGCAGAAUGA